AUGUCUACUUUACUUUUACGCUUAAGGCCUGCUGCCUCGAGGACCGCUGCUCUUCAUGUGGGCCGCAACACCCAAAUCCGCACAAAGACCACGGGCAGUGCUACGCUUCCGUUCCAGCUUCCCCCAGAGCGGAACGAGCCCAAUCCAAACUACGAGAAGGGCUCGCCUGAACGGGCUGAGAUUGAAAAGGCUCUGAAGGAGCUCCAGGCGCAGAUUCCCCUCAAGUCCAACAUCUUCAUCAAUGGUAUUGCUCAACAGUCGAGCAAGUCAUGGGACCAGGUCCUGCCUGCAGAUCACAAGACUGUCUUCACCAACAAUCCCUUGACUUCCAAGGACCAAGUUUCGGCUGCAAUUGACGCCGCACUCAAGGCGAAGAAGUCAUGGCAAGACACUCCCUUUGUGGACCGUGCCGCCAUCUUCAUCAAGGCUGCAGAGCUCGUCUCCAGGAAGUACCGCUAUAAACUUAUCGCUGCCACCAUGCUUGGCCAGGGCAAGAACAUAUGGCAGGGCGAGGUCGAUGCUGCUGCUGAGCUAGCUGACUUCUUCCGUCUCAACACCAACUACGCUGCGGAACUCCUUGGCAGGCAACCCUACCGUGGUUCUGACGGUAUGUGGUCUCGUCUGGACUACCGACCGCUCGAGGGUUUCGUGUACGCCGUCUCGCCAUUCAACUUCACUGCCAUUGGUGGCAACUUAAUUUCUGGACCUGCCAUUAUGGGUAAUGUAGUACUAUGGAAACCUUCUCCCUCCAACGUCUACGCCAGCCAGAUUGUUUACGAGAUUCUCCUCGAGGCUGGUCUUCCCCCAGAUGUCAUCCAGUUUAUCCCCGGCGAUCCAGAGGAGAUCAACGACGUCAUCCUAAACCACCGUGACUUUGCUGGUCUCGGCUUCGUAGGCUCUUCAGAUGUUUUCCGCAAAUUGCAGGCCAAGGUCGGCCAGGAGAUUGGCAAACACACCUACCGCGAGUUCCCCCGUCUCGUCGGCGAGACCUCUGGCAAAAACUUUACCCUCAUCCACCCAACUGCCGACAUCCUAUCAGCCGUCAAGCACACCAUCCGCGGUUCUUUCGAGUACCAGGGCCAGAAGUGCUCUGCCACAUCACGCCUCUACCUCCCUAAAUCCCGAUCCAACGAGUUCCUCGAGGCCUUUCUCGCCGACGUAAAGAUUAUCACCCAGGGCAACCCGCACAAGGACCUCGCUGCCUUUAUGGGCCCUGUGAUCCACCGCAACUCCUUUGAGAAGAUCAAAGCCGUCAUCGACGAGAGCAACAAGGACCCCUCACUCAAGCUACUCGCAGGUGGCACCUACGACGACACGGAAGGCUUCUACGUCAAGCCUACCGUGUACAUCGCCGACUCGCCCGACCACAAGCUCUUCAACUAUGAGAUCUUCGGGCCUGUGUUAGUAAUUCACGUCUACCCCGAUGCGCAGUGGCCGGCAAUUCUCGAAAAGGUUGACCAAGCGGGCGGCGGAUUCGCACUCACUGGUGCGGUGUUUGCCAACUCGCGCGCAGCAAUACGCGAGGCAGAGGAUACGCUGCGGUACUCUGCGGGAAAUUUCUAUAUCAACUGCAAGACUACAGCCGCACUCACCGGGCAGCAGAGCUUUGGCGGCAGCCGCGCGUCUGGGACGAACGACAAGGCGGGCAGCCCCAAUACGCUGCUCCGCUUUACGACGCCGCGCCUUAUCAAAGAAGAGUUCUUCCCGCAGACUGACUUCUGGUAUCCAUCCAACAAGUAG